UAAUGGCUUCAGUGUCCAGUCAGCCACAGUUCCGAUACACUCAGCCACCAUCCAAGGUACUCCAUUUGAGGAACUUGCCGUGGGAGUGUACAGAGGAGGAACUGAUUGAACUGGGGAAGCCAUUUGGUCAAGUUGUGAACACAAAGUGCAAUGUUGGAGCAAACCGGAAUCAAGCUUUUAUUGAAUUUGCAGAGUUGAAUCAAGCUAUUACAAUGAUAUCAUAUUAUGCCUCAUCAUCAGAACCGGCUCAAGUUAGGGGGAAAACUGUCUACCUACAGUACUCCAAUAGGCAAGAAAUAGUGAACAACAAAACUGCUGCAGAUGUUGCUGGAAAUGUACUCUUGGUAACAAUUGAAGGUGAAGAUGCACGGCUUGUCAGUAUAGAUGUUUUACACCUGGUAUUUUCAGCUUUUGGGUUUGUGCAUAAGAUAACAACUUUUGAGAAGACAGCGGGAUUUCAGGCACUGGUCCAAUUUUCAGAUGCACAAAUUGCCACGGAUGCAAAAAAUUCACUGGAUGGAAGAAACAUCCCUAGCUAUCUGCUCCCUGAUAAUCUGGGACCUUGUAGUCUCAGGAUAACAUAUUCUGGACACACAGAUUUGAGUGUGAAAUUUCAGAGUCAUCGAAGCAGGGACUACACUAAUCCCUACCUUCCUGUUGCUCCAUCAGCCAUUGAUGGAAAUGGUCAGAUAAGUGUGGGUUUGGAUGGUAAGAAGCAAGAACCUGAGAGUAACGUGCUUCUUGCAUCCAUCGAGAACAUGCAGUAUGCUGUUACCUUGGACGUUCUGCACAUGGUCUUCUCUGCUUUUGGGCCUGUCCAAAAGAUCGCCAUGUUUGAUAAGAACGGGGGAGUUCAGGCUUUGAUUCAGUAUCCUGAUGUUCAGACAGCUGUUGUUGCAAAGGAAGCCUUGGAGGGGCAUUGCAUUUAUGAUGGAGGGUUUUGCAAGCUUCACGUCUCGUAUUCACGUCAUACUGAUCUCAGCAUAAAGGUAAACAAUGAUAGGAGCAGAGACUAUACACUUCCUACCGUUCCAAUGGUGAACUCACAACCCUCGAUUCUAGGACAACAGCCAGUUCACAUGAUGAACCCAGCUGCUCCUCAAUACAGUGGUGGUGCACAAUUUGCUCCUACAGGUCAGGCUAUGAUGCCUCAACCUUCAGCAGGGUGGGUACCUACAGUUCCAGCAGUUCCUUCUCAGCCCAUGCCGAUGCAGAUGCCUAAUCAACCUUACAUGCCAUCUGGAACAGUACCCUCCCAAAUGGGUCCUGGCAUGAUGCCGGGUGGCGCGCAGCACCCGAAUUUGCCCCCAUAUCACAAUGGUCAUGUGCAAUAGCAUAUCUUAUGUCAGGAGUUUCACUGUCAAAGUUAUCAAGUCAGUGAGCAGGAACCGAGCAAAGGAAUAUCUGAAAGGGGGGAAGUGUCCAUUUGUAGAAGCAUCCUACUCGGGGAAAAUGUCGGUCAUAAUCCCCAUUCUCUUCUUGACAUUUUGAUAGUGAGAUUAGUGACUCAGUACUCUGUAGUUCCCUUCCUGUGUUACUUACCCGUGGAUACUCGAUGCACUUUCAAAUAUUCUCAUUUGGUAUUUGUUUUUUGUGCCACAGAAUUUGUUGUUGAUAAAAUUGAAUGCAGAGAUCAAUGACAAUCUCAGAUGGG